UUUAUUAUUUCAUUUAAAUACAUCAAAAUUACCACUAUUUAAAACUAGCUGCGCCCGUGUGUGAAAUUAUGUCUUCUGGUUAAAUUUUAAGUUAUUUAAUUACUUAUCUUUACUUUUGGCGUGAAAGCGCGACAGAGAGACCGAGGUACUUUUGCAUUCAUAAUGUUAGUAUGGAUUUAAUCAUAAUACUGUUAAUUCAUUCUUUUGAAUUAGUAAAGAUUUUUUGAAAAAGAAUUAGAAAGAAUUGGAGACUUCACAACAUCGGAGCCCUUGCCUUCAAAUGAUGUCAAAGACAAAGUUUGCGUCAACGUCAAGUUUGCGUUUGUGUUGAAACAGUUGACAGCUUGACAGUUUGAGUUUAAAAUUUGAAUUGUUUUAUAUACUUUGAGCGUUCUAGAUUUAAUUUUUUUUUAAUGUAAUCUUAGUUUCAACAAUAUCAUUUGUUGGUAUUAUAAGAUUUGUUAAUGUAUUCUGUAUUGUUUCAAGCUGUAAAACAUUUACGCGUCACAGCAAAAUGUUAUCAAAAAUAUAUGAAAAAUACCCUAAACACGGAAGCAAUACAGUGUGCUUAAGUUAUUUUGAUUCUCCUUUAGGUAAAUUAAUAUCUGCUGCUGAUACAAACUUUUUAUACUUCAUUUUAUUUGAAGACUCAAAAGAUUUAGACAAAAAAUUACAAACCCUCAAUCAAGAAAUAAACUGCACUUUUGUAGAAGAUAAAAAUGAUAUUCUUAAGAAAUUGGAUACUGAACUUACUGAAUAUUUUAAAGGCAACAUUAAGAAGUUUACUGUUCCUUUAAAAACUCAUGGUACAGCUUUUCAAAAGGAUGUGUGGAACAAAUUGUUGGAGGUGCCUUAUGGAUCUACAUAUACUUAUGGAGAUCUAGCUAUAUCGCUAGGCAGGCCUGCAAGUCAUGCAAGAGCAGUGGGAGCAGCUUGCGGUGCAAACAGUCACAUCCUGUUGAUACCGUGCCAUAGAUUAGUCGCAACUGCAUCUAAAGGUGGCUUCAGCUGUGGCAUUGAUAGAAAAGAAUGGCUUCUAAAACAUGAAAAGAAAUUUGUAUAGAAAGAUUCUUGGACUUUAUAUACUUUACCUCAUGUAAGAAUUAAUUAAUUUUAAAUGAGCAUGAUAAAAACAAACUUUAA